AUAGUGUUCUCAAACAGGAAGCGUGGUAGUUUACUCCUCAACUGCGGACUGGCGCCAUGGCGGCCUACGAGCAGGUCCAAAAGGGGCCCUUGAAGCUAAAAGGCGUCGCAGAGCUCGGCGUGACUAAGCGGAAGAAGAAAAAGAAGGACAAAGACAAGGCGAAACUCCUGGAGGCCAUGGGAACGAGCAAAAAGAACGAGGAGGAGAAGCGGCGCGGCCUGGACAAGCGGACGCCGGCCCAGGCGGCCUUUGAGAAGAUGCAGGAAAAGCGGCAAAUGGAAAGGAUCCUGAAGAAGGCCUCCAAAACCCACAAGCAAAGAGUGGAGGACUUCAACAGACACCUGGAUACACUCACAGAGCACUAUGACAUUCCCAAAGUCAGCUGGACGAAGUAGCCUCCCUGCCCAGAGUAUGGAUUGGCACCGAGAGGAAAAAGGCGGCCAGGUUGUGGUUAUGUUUGGUGCCUUUGGUAUUUUCUAGAAAUACUCUUUUACACACACCCUGUGUCUUCUGCUUAGACAGUGCUUUUCAAAGUGGUGUGCCCUAAUUCUGUAACUUGAUUAAAGUAAGACCAUCGUUUUACUCUAUUUUAGUUUCUCAGUACCACAUUGAAGAUGAACCUAUUUAGUAUGGACUAGAAAUUAUUGAGAGUUUAUCCAGAGAUUAAGGUUAUUUCUGUGUAAAUGCCAUGGAAGUGUUUUACACCCAAGUUGCAUCUAACUUAUUUUGACAGUCAGCCAGCUGUCUCUGCCUGGAUAAAACUGACUCCAGAGGAGAAGCAGCUGCAACAUGAAGACCCCCAUGGGGCCCUUCAUGGGCUGCCCUUCCAAGCUCCCUCUAGCUUGGGGCUUAUGCUAUUUCAUCCAGGGCCUGGAGAAGCCACUUGCAGCUUUGUGGCCUUCGGACUGCCUUCUCAGCCCACCUGGCCAGGGAGAAUAGCUGUUCAAGGCAAGGAUGGAAUGAACACCUUGCGCCUUGCUGAGCUGAGCUGAGCUGGUGGCUGGCAUACAGCCUUUUUCCCAAUAUUCCCAUUCCAGACAUGUCAAGUUGGUGUUGCCAUGGCAGACAUUGCCAGUCAAGCACCAUGUUCUUUGUAAUGGAACCCAGACACGGCCUGCCUUGCUAUCCUCACCCCUCCAGGCAGGCCCCAAUGUUUGUUCAGAGUUGGCAUAUACAUGGAGCCUGUUUAGUGUUCCUGGCCUAAGGACAUCUCAGGGUAAUGGGACCAGGGCAGAGCCCCAGCACAGAUAGACAAGGAUGCAGUCCAAGGGGAGCACCCAGGUUCCAGUGCUACAGAGCCAGAGUCUUUGAGGGCCUGUGUGUCCCCACCUCAUGAGGAUCAGACUGCAUAUGCUGCUAGGAGAAACAGUCUCUGUUGACAAAGAUCUAAAAAAAACCAACAAAUUCAGAAGAGAAAAAUCUAAGUGUUGGGUUUGGGGCUGUCAUAUGUGAACUGCAGAAUAAAGCAAAACCAGUUAUUAAA